AUGGCGACAUCGUCCAACAUUACCACCUAUGCGGACUGCGUCUCCUCCCUCCGUUCGUCCCUGAAAUUCCUCGAGUCGUCGGUUGAGACCCUCGACUCGGGCGUGUCCGACUUCCCACGCCUAGUCAGCGUCCUGAAAACAGUCCGCCAUUACGAACUCAUCCCCCAGUCAACACUCGCCGCCGCCGAGUCCUCUCUCCGCGACGAGAUCGGCCCUUACAUCGCGCUCCUCCUCUCCCGCGCCGACGCGCAGAUUGAGCGCCAGGAGCGGCGCAUAGAGACCCUCAAGGCCCGCUCGGAGCUGCAGCACGGUCGCCUGGCCGCCGACGGCGACGGCAAGGGCAAGGGCGCCGCCAAGAGCCCCAAGCCAAAGGGCCGGAAGCUGACGGGCGAGGACAAGCUGCGGGCUCGGGCGGUGAAGCAACGGAAAGAGGCUCUACGGUACGGCGUGGAGAGGCUGGAGCUAGAGGUUCUGCAGAAAGAGAGGGAGUUGAGGAAGCAGCUGGAGGGAUAG